GAGAGGCCACGUUGUUUGGACUACGUUGAACGUGUCAUCGCAGGUAGGCUGCGGAUAGGAGUGUUUAUAGGGAUGCACUCGUUUAGAGACAAAGAUCAGUGUGUACAUUGACAUUUUCUAAAGAUGGCUCACGCAGCAGCUGCUCUUCUCGUCCUGUAACCGCCUGAGAUCAGACUGAGCAGUAACUGUCACCUAGCUGCAGCUGCAGCGGAGCCUGAUAACUGACAGCUAGUGGACACUGAGCCCAGUGUCGUCCAGCUCGUCGCUGUGAUAUGGCGGAGAGCGGGUCGUCAGCUGAAUUCUCCAGCUCCCUGACGAGCUCCAGUCUUCCACCGCCCAGGACCCGCAUCUUCAAAAUCAUCGUGAUCGGGGACUCCGGGGUCGGGAAGACCUGUCUCACUUACCGCUUUUGUGCCGGCAAGUUCCCCGAGAAGACCGAGGCCACGAUCGGUGUGGACUUCAGGGAGAGACUGGUCGAGAUUGACGGCGAAAAUAUCAAGAUCCAGCUGUGGGACACUGCAGGCCAGGAGCGUUUCAGGAAGUCCAUGGUGCAGCACUACUACCGCAACGUGCACGCUGUUGUCUUUGUCUAUGACAUCACCAACGCUGCCAGCUUCCACAGCCUCCCUGCCUGGAUCGAAGAGUGCAAGCAGCACGCACUGGGCACAGAGGUACCCAGGAUCUUAGUCGGAAACAAGUGUGACCUCCAAGACUCCGUGCAAGUAAACACAGACUUGGCUCAACAGUUCGCAGACGCCCACUCGAUGCCACUGUUUGAGACAUCUGCAAAGAAUCCCAACAGCCAAGGAGACGGAAACAAUGGAAAUAGUGACCACGUCGAGGCUAUUUUCAUGACAGUCGCCCAUAAGCUAAAGUCUCAGAAGCCCCUGGUGCUCAGCCAGCCCCCUGAGGCAUCAGGGGGAACCAUCAACCUAAACAGGGGGCGGGAUGAUGGGGGGGACGGGACCAGGAGCUGGGGCUGCACCAGCUGCUGAGAUAGGCUAACAGAGAGGAUAGAAGGAGACGAGCUCGGCCCGAGGCGGCUGAUGGCCGAUGAGGUUGGAGGCAGAUGGUGCAGAGCAAAGAACAGAUGUCAAAAAAGAGAAAAUUAUUCUAAAAAAUGGCUUCACAAUCAGAAAAACACAGAUGAAUGUCUCCAGUAGAGGAUAUAUUAGUUCACUGCUUGUGCUUAACUGACUUAUAACCAUUUGAGGCAGUAUGUGACGUCUAGGAUUGGCAGGGUUCAUGGAAAUGAACUGUGCCAAUGAAUGAUUGGAAAACUGGGGCCAAAAAUCUGAUAUUAAAUCAGUAAUUAUUCUUUUAACUCCUUCAGCAGAGGCAGAUAUGUAGGGUCAAAAUAACAGAGCACUUUACAAAGUAAUGCACUACGAGCCAUUUAAUUAGACUGUAUGUUAGAAGAGCGGUGUCACUGUGGUAUGAUGUUUGUAGACUGCAUUAUGUUAAAGGUGUUGGUCAUGUUAUCUCUGCCCCCCUCUUGGGUGUAAUACUCUGCAGGUGGCUGGUUUUAGUUGUCUCAUUAAUGGCUCCCUGUGAAGUUUACAUCUAAAUAGUAUUUUCACUCUUUGUUUAUGUUGAGUGCAAAUAUGCAGAUGCAGUAUUCUGAAUAUUUCACAUGGGAUCUGGUCUUCCCAGUCCACGGUCUACGUUUCUGUUCUGGGACACCAUCAGACUAACUUUGCUCAAGUAACACUACAUUUAAUUCUUUAUUCCUGGGACUUUGAAUUUCCAAUGGAUCCCCUUUGUUCAUACGCUUUCUUCUGAUUGGUCGCCCUCCAAAAGCUGAGGGUGUUUUUGCUGAACUGCUUGCUUUCUUAGCUUGUUAUCCCCAUUAAUGCUGAAGUUAAUUAUAAGAACCAGAAACAGGCGUAUGCUAGCUGAGUGUGCAGACCGUUAAAAACAGCAGCUACUACUAUGAGUUGAAAACUUCACAGGGUGCCUUUAAAUCCUGUUGCUUUUACUCCAGUGAUUCAAAAACUGCCAAUGGAAGUCCACUUAUAUUAAUAUUCUGUGUGUAACUAAGUCAUAACGAAAUACUAAAGUGGAAUGAAAUGCAUGGAGGGAACAAUAUCCACAUUAUUGACUUUUUAUGGAAAAAGUUAAGUUUUGUCCACUCACUUUUGGGCUGAUGUAUUGAGUUAUGGACAACCUUUCUUUUUCCUCCCACUAUAUGAACUUUAUUAUUAUUAUUAUUAUUAUUAUGCCGAUGCAUUUGCAUCAGUUGAGGGUUUAAAGAAGGACUGACUAUAAAGUCGUUAACAAAUAAUGCAAAAAAACGAGAACAUCACUAAACACUGAACAAUGGUUACGUGGAUUCCUGGUCUGUGGCCUGGAGUUUGUUUAAUGUUAAGAGUAGAUGGAAACUAAAGAAGUAUGAUCAUUUCAAUGACAGUUUUACAGAGUGGUUUCUUAAAGUUAAAGACAAAUAUUAGCUAUUUGUCAAUUAUUAGGACAACCUGCUCCCAGACCCUCCUGUAUCAAGUACUAAUCAAGUACAUGUACUUGACACAUGAGUGAUUAGUACAACACUAAUGUGUCUAUUAUGACCAUUUCAUCACAUCUUUUUCAGCCAAACAAUAAAAAGCUUUGACAUCAAGGUCAGGCCCUGGUACUGGCAUCACACCUAGUGAACCACCCUCUGUUUCAGCUCAUUUUUCCUUUUACAGCUGAAGCUGUUUCAGAGAAAACGAUAUUAAUCCACUUCCCACUGUUCCUCCUAACCGUGGGAGAAACUGCUAAGGUGUUUUCAGUGGAUGUACAGUCAUUGCUAAACACAGCUACCAGUAGAUAUACUUGGUACUUAAUGUCCUGAUAAAUGUCUCAGGAAAGCACAAAAAUAUUCACAUAAUUACGAGACAGAACAAAUUUGUUUUGAGCAAAAUCUUUGCUAAUAGAUUGUUUGUAGACUUAGCAUUAGCGGACAGUUAACGAACGGUAUUAUCUUUCGCACCUUUACUGAAAAACUGUGCCAAUAAAAUGCGAGCGUGGAAAAACUGGAAAUAAAUAAAUGAUCAAGUCUUUUUCAUGUUAGGCCUUAAUAUAGCUCCUCAUAAUUGGAGCUAAAAUAUCCAGGAAAUGAUGGCUACCAUCUAGCUGCUAAUCUAGUUUGCUGAUUUCCUCUGUUUUUGUUUCACUUCUGAACAGUGGGAGGAACUGGUAAGGUGUUUUCUAGGUAUGUACAGUCUGUGUGCAGCAGUUGUUAUUAUUAGGCCUUCAAACAAACCUUUGUAUACUGCAAUAGAGUACCACAGGAAACAGUCUCAAAAGCUAGCAUCGUUUCACUCUAUAUUCUCCUGUCUGUUUUUUGUUUUUGAAUGGAUUUGCUUCCUGAAACAAGAUCUGUAGUUUUACUAUAACAUAAAAACUGGGAGUAAAUACCCUGCUCAUGAGCACUGACAUUGUGGUUUAGCUAAGAAGUGGUUAAAUGGCAUUGCAGAAGUUGUCAGGAUCAUAAAAUGUAACAGGAGCUAAGCAGUGGGGAUGCUAAAAUGAUUUGCUGAUAAAUUUUAUUAAGAUAUCGAUAACUCUUGAAAAAACCUUUGGCUUUUUGAGACAUUUUAGAUUGAUGCUAAUUUUCCAAGAUGCCCCACAAAAAUAUGGCGCUAUUGCUUUUCCAAUUCCUAAUGUUGUCUGUAAUUCAGGCGCAAUGACAUAAGGAAUGUGCUCAGUCAUUCAAAAGGGAACCUUUAGGGAAAUACUGGUUAAAACUUUUUGUUUGCCUGCUUCUUUUUAUGUGUAGGGCACAAUUCUGCAUAGUUGGCCAAUCAGAUGAUUAAAACAAAUGCCUCUCAUUCAAAAGUAAAAGCUUUCUAUUAAGUAUGUAUCAAGGUGGUGGUGGUGGCCUAAGAUGCCAGCCAUCAUCCACCCACGAUGCAUUCCACAGAUCCCCUCCCAGGUCAUUAAGCCCUUACUCACACCUUUGUCUGUGUGACCAUAACAACUCACAGGAUGGUGGGGAGGUGAUGAAGGAUUGACACCUUGGCUAGCGUGACCUAGAGGUGUGAAUCCACUCUGAAACCACCUCCAAGAGGACAGUUCAUCAAAGGGUUAAAUACCCGGGACACUCAAUUUUUAAAUAGUUUUUUCUUUACAAAAAAAGGAAAAAGUCACUAUCAGGCAAAUUGUUAUUGUAGACAUUGCACUGACCUUGGAUUUCCCUACUUCAUAGUGUGUCGCUCAGGUGUCUUUCACAUGUGGAGUGAUGUCUACAUCCGCUACUUAGAUUACACGUAAGCUUGUGAUACAAUAUUAAGCAUGUCUGGCAGCAUUCUACAAUAAA